AUGAAAAGCAGAGUCAUCAAAUUAUCAGAUCCUUCCUUCCAUAACAAAAACCUGGAAAUACUAACUAAAUUGUUCAUCUCAAAUUCUUAUCCAACCACACUAAUAAAUAAGAUCUUGUUUAACACAGUCCAUAAUGAAGACUUAACACCUUCCCCCGCGACUAACAAUGUUGACCUUGAUGGCUUAGGCAAUGACAGGGUCUCUAAUACUCCAACUUUAAAUAGAUAUUUUUCAAUACCUUAUAUCAAAGAUAUUACUCCGGGGUUGACUAGGAUAUUUAAUAAUUUAGAAAAUAACAAUAACAACAAUGAUAAUCAUUUUAAAAUCAAUGUGGCUUUCAGAUCAGCUUUAACAAUUAACAAGCUUUUUUCAAAAGUUAAGGAUAAAACAGAAAUAGGUAAGCUUAGUAAUAUUGUCUACAAAGUUCCCUGUUCUUCUUGUAAAAAAUCGUACAUUGGUCAAACUUCUCACCUUCUUAAAUUUAGGAUCACUUUACACAAAAGUGAUUCACGUCUUCAGCCCGACCGUUGUGCAUUGGCUAAACACGUCCAUACCACAGGUCAUUCCAUGGACUUUGAAAACACCAUCGUUCUUCAUCAAGAGAACAAUAAAUUUAAAAGGGAAUUUAUUGAAAUGUUCUAUAUCUUCCUUAAUGAUUCCUCUAUUAAUGUUAAAGGUGACUUCAAAAAUCUGAGUGAUAUUUAUCAUCUUUUACUCAGAUCAGAUACCAGCCAUAGAUCGAAUUUGCAUGACUCCAACUUGACUGAUAAUACGUAA